AUGCCGAUCGCCAGCAAGGCUAUCCGACCGUCGGCCGCCAAAGGCAAAGGGUCCAAAGGCAAACAACAGAAACUCAGUUUCAAACACAAGGUCUCCAAGGCCAUUAAUACGGGGAAGGGGAGCUACAAGUCUCCACCUCGCACUCGGGAAUAUCUCCCGAAACCCUCCCCCGAGCCCGAGAACAAGAAGCUCGAGGAGGAGGAGGCUUCUCCGGCCACCGACAAUGAGAAGGACCACGGUCUUGCUCAGCCUGAAGUACAAGCACAGCCCAAAGUCGAAACCAAAUCUGAGGCUGAACUCCGAGCUAGUGAGAUCACUGAUAGAGAAAUCCAGCGGUACUGGGACCGCAUUGAAGCAAGCCGUAAUGCGAGGGCUGUGCAUAAGAAGCACACGGAGGGCUUGGCGACUGGGGAGAAGGUUCUCAGGUACUUUGAUGUCAGUUCACAGUAUGGGCCGUGCAUCGGAAUCUCGCGGAUCAAGCGGUGGGAGCGGGCGCAGCGAUUAGGGCUGAACCCGCCUCUCGAGGCCCUUGCGGUGCUGCUGAAGGAGGAGGCGAAGGGAAAUGAGGGGAUUGAGAAGGCACAUAUGGAUGUGCUGUUAAACUCAACUGCUGUGGGCUCAGUUGGGGUCUGAGCUGUUGCGGUGCGACCAUUGGCCGCGUUUCCCUUCGGAUCAUAUGGAGUACGUGGUUUGUACGGUGAUGAUGGCUUGAGGGCUGGCGUUCCGGUGUUGAGGAAGGAAAGGGAUCUCUUUGGGGAAGGACAUUUCUUUGAGGAAGGGGAAGGAAGAAG